AUGGCCUUUUCAAUAUGCUCUACAAAGACCAUCCUCUUUCUCUUCCUCAUAUCAGCGGUUCCUAUCGCCUUUAUUAUCUCUAUGGAGUUAGCCAAGCCUCUAACCCACGUGUACCACUACCACAGCUCCGGAUUCUUUCGUGAGUGCGCCAAGUGGGACGAUCUCAACCGUCGAUUCCUGGUCUCCUUCAUGGACGGUGGCAUCGGCGAGAUUGCUGUCGAAGAUCAGUCAUCGUCAUCGGAAGAGACUAUUUUAAAGGAAGUUACGGUGGUUAAAGACGCUGACUUGACCGGAAACUCUUCUCUUGGCAUCGUCGUUGACCGGCCGAGGAAUCGGCUUCUAGUGGCGAUUAGUGAUAUAAUGGGAAACAAAUACAACGCACUCGCUGCUUAUGAUUUGUCCACGUGGGAUCGUUUGUUUCUUACCAAACUUACUGGACCAGACAAUUUCACCCCGCUAGCAAGAGCAUGCCAUCGAGACCCCAGAAAAGGCUCUCUCAAUAAUGAGAAAUCCUUCGCCGAUGAUGUAGCAGUUGAUGCAGAAGGUAAUGCGUAUGUUACUGAUGCCAAAGCCAAUAAAAUUUGGAAGGUCGGGACGGAUGGGAAGUUCCUAUCCUUCAUCAGAAACCCACUCUUCAUUGCGAAAGAGUGGUACAAAAACUUGGUUGGGCUAAAUGGAAUUGUUUACCACCCAGAUGGAUUCUUGAUUGUCAUCCAUACUUUUAGUGGCAAUUUAUAUAAGAUUGACCUAGCCAAGGAAGAUCAUGAAGUCAAAUUAAUCAAAGUACAUGGAGGCUCACUUGCAUUUGGAGAUGGCCUAGAACUUCUGUCUCCCACUAAACUUGUAGUUGCAGGAAACCCUUCUGGGAGAUUAGUGGAGAGCUCUGAUGGGUGGGAGACGGCUUCUGUUGUGGCAAAGUUUAAAGGGCCUGCACAUAGGUUGGCAACAGCAGCAACUGUGAAGGAUGGGAGGGUUUAUAUUAACCACUUGCUUGGUAUGGGAUACCCUAAAAAGAAGCAUGCUCUUGUUGAGGCUGUUUUUUCUACUUGA